UUGAACAUGUCAGCAUGCUGGUCAUCCUCCUGAACUGUGUCACACUGGGGAUGUAUCAGCCCUGUGAAGACAUCCAGUGCCAAUCUGAGUGGUGCACCAUCCUGCAGGCUUUUGAUGAUUUCAUUUUCGCCUUCUUUGCCAUGGAAAUGGUCAUUAAGAUGGUUGCUUUGGGGAUUUUUGGCCAGAAGUGUUACCUGGGAGACACCUGGAACCGCCUGGAUUUCUUUAUCGUCAUGGCAGGAAUGAUGGAGUACUCGCUGGACGGACACAAUGCCAGCUUGUCAGCAAUUCGCACUGUCAGGGUUCUGAGGCCGCUGAGGGCUAUUAACAGGGUUCCCAGCAUGAGAAUCCUGGUCACUCUGCUGCUGGACACUCUGCCUAUGUUAGGCAACGUCCUUCUUCUCUGCUUCUUUGUUUUCUUUAUAUUUGGCAUUGUGGGAGUCCAACUGUGGGCUGGACUGCUGAGGAACAGAUGCUUCCUGGAGGAUCAUUUUAAAAUGGCCUACAAUGUAUCCUUUUUAAGUUCUUACUACAAACAUGAUGAGAGCGAUGAAAGCCCAUUCAUCUGCUCCUCCAGUCGAGACAAUGGUAUGUUGAGGUGCCAGGAAGUUCCUAAGCUGAGAGAGAAUGGCAUGGAGUGCCUUUUGAGCAUCGAGCACAUUGGACGUUCCUCUCACACAUCUGACAUGAGCAGCAAGGAUGGCUGCAUCAACUGGAACCAGUAUUACAAUGUGUGCCAUCCUGGUGAGGUCAACCCACACAAAGGAGCUAUCAACUUUGACAACAUUGGAUAUGCCUGGAUUGCUAUUUUUCAGGUCAUUACUUUGGAAGGCUGGGUGGACAUCAUGUACUACGUCAUGGAUGCACAUUCUUUUUAUAAUUUUAUAUAUUUUAUAUUGCUUAUCAUUGUAGGCUCCUUCUUCAUGAUUAAUCUGUGCCUAGUGGUGAUAGCAACACAGUUCUCAGAGACCAAGCAGCGGGAGAACCAACUAAUGAAGGAGCAGCGAGCACGUUAUCUUUCCAAUGACAGCACACUUGCCAGCUUCUCUGAACCAGGCAGCUGCUACGAAGAGCUGCUCAAGUACAUUGGACACUUGUUCCGCAAGGUCAGGCGUAGAGCAGGUCGACUAUACAGCAACUGGCAGACUAAGAGGCGCAAGAAAGUGAAUCCAAACGAUGGCAGUACUGGGCGCAGCAGGAGACAUAAAAGCAAGCGCAAAGUUCACUCCAUUCAUCACCAUCACCAUCAUCACCACCAUCAUCAUUACCACAUCAGUCCCAGGGUGAACAAUGAGACAUCUGACGUGGCAGAAAUGAAGCCCACCAGAGCCGGCUUUCAACUCAUGCUGCCUCCUUCCACAGCCAACCUACAGAGCCCCUCCUCUGGAGUGGAGUCUGUCCAUAGUAUCUUUCACGCUGACUGCCACUUUCAGGGACCACAGAUUCGUUACAAGUCUUCUGCUACAGCUGGGAAUGGGCGGCUGAUGGCAGGAGUGCACGGCAACAUGAACUACCCCACCAUUGUUCCUUCAGUGACAACUCCAGAGUCCAAGGGAAGGAAGAACUGUACUCAUCCUAUGGCAUUGAACCGUGCAGUUGGUCUUUUUGGUCUGUCUGACACUUUCGGGAAGCCAUACCCAGUUGCAAGCGAGUUUGGAGAAUGCAGAUCAUCUCUGUCAGGUCUUGGUCUUAGCAUGCCUUGCUCCUCACCCAAUGCCCAGAACAACCUCCUCUCCUGUGAGUUGGCAAACUGCCCCUACUGUGCAAAGAUACUGGACAAAGGUGAAUGCAACACAAGCGACUCUGAAAGCAGCCACUCCGACACAGAUAAUGUGUAUGAGUUUCACCGGGAUGCAGAGAACAAAUACUGGCAGAGGAAGUGGAGGCAGAGUGACAAAAACUCAGUGACCCAAUACCAGGAAUUGUUUUGCAACAAAAUGAAAAGGAUUGUGGAAAGUAAAUAUUUUAACCGAGGAAUCAUGAUCGCGAUUCUAAUCAAUACUCUGAGCAUGGGAAUUGAAUAUCAUGAGCAGCCCAGAGAGCUCACAGAUGCUUUGGAGAUCAGCAACAUUGUUUUCACCAGCAUGUUUGCCCUUGAGAUGCUCCUGAAGCUGCUUGCCUUUGGUCUCUUUGGAUACAUCAGGAACCCAUACAACAUAUUUGAUGGAAUUAUUGUCAUCAUCAGCGUCUGGGAGAUUAUCGGUCAGUCAGAUGGAGGUCUCUCGGUCCUCAGGACAUUUCGACUUCUGCGGGUCCUCAAACUUGUGCGCUUUCUGCCCGCACUACGACGUCAACUGGUGGUGUUGAUGAAGACUAUGGAUAACGUGGCUACUUUUUGCAUGCUUCUCAUGUUGUUCAUCUUUAUCUUCAGCAUCCUUGGAAUGCAUCUCUUCGGUUGUAAAUUCAGCCUGACCACCGACAAUGGAGACACCAUUCCCGACCGGAAGAACUUUGAUUCCUUGUUGUGGGCGAUCGUCACUGUUUUCCAGAUCCUCACCCAAGAGGACUGGAAUGUAGUUCUAUAUAAUGGGAUGGCAUCAACCUCACCCUGGGCAGCCCUGUAUUUUGUGGCUCUUAUGACUUUUGGCAACUAUGUGCUCUUUAACCUUCUAGUGGCCAUACUGGUGGAGGGCUUUCAGGCAGAGGGAGAUGCCAGCCGUUCAGACAGUGGAGAGGAUAAGAUGUCAGGCACCUUUGACGAGGAUGAUCGACUGCGGGAUCCAGCUCCUGCAGAUCCAAAGAUGUAUUCCCUAAUGAUGAAUGGCCGCAUGGAUUCCCGGACAAGUGCUGCCCCUCCACUCAUUAUGCGCACUGCGGCCACGCCCAUGCCCACGCCUACAUUCACAGAGUCGAGGCGAGGCAGUAGCGCCUCCAUCGAACCAAGCUCAUAUGACCAGAGGUCUCUGUCCAGUUUGCGCAGCUCUCCCUGCCCACCUUGGGGUGCUGGCAGUAACUGGGGUAGUCGCCGUUCGAGCUGGAAUAGCUUAGGUCGGGCACCCAGCUUGAAAAGGAAGAACCAGUCAGGGGAAAGGGAGUCUCUGCUCUCCGGAGAAGGGCGCUGCAGCUCAGAGGAAGAUGACUCAGAGAAUUUCUGCUUCAGAGUGAGGAGGCUAAUUGAGGCGCACAAGCCUGAGUGGUGCAGGGAGCAUGAAGACUGGGCACUGUAUAUGUUCUCUCCUCAGAAUGAGUUCCGCAUCUUGUGUCAGAAGGUCAUUGCCCACAAGAUGUUUGAUCAUAUCGUUCUUGUCUUCAUCUUCCUGAAUUGUAUCGCCAUUGCUUUGGAGAGACCAGAGAUUGAUCCACACAGCACCGAGCGCAUGUUUCUGACUGUCUCAAAUUACAUCUUCACUGCCAUUUUUGUUGCUGAAAUGACAGUUAAGGUUGUGGCUUUAGGCUUCUUUUCCGGGGAAAACACCUACCUGCAGAGCAGCUGGAACAUUCUGGAUGGGGUUCUGGUCUUUGUCUCAGUCAUCGAUAUCUUUGUCUCUAUGGCUUCUGCUGGAGGAGCAAAGAUUCUGGGCAUCCUGAGAGUCCUGCGGCUCUUGAGAACACUACGGCCCCUGAGGGUCAUUAGCCGGGCUCCUGGCCUCAAACUUGUUGUGGAGACACUAAUCACAUCCCUCCGUCCAAUUGGAAACAUCGUCUUGAUCUGCUGUGCCUUUUUUAUCAUCUUUGGCAUCCUUGGGGUCCAGCUUUUCAAAGGCAAGUUCUACUACUGUGAGGGAAUUGACACAAAGAAUGUCACCAAUAAGUCAGACUGCCAGCACAUGAAGUACCGCUGGAUUCGGAGAAAGUACAACUUUGACAAUUUGGGCCAGGCUCUGAUGUCCUUAUUCGUUUUGUCAUCAAAGGACGGCUGGGUGAACAUUAUGUAUGAUGGGCUGGAUGCAGUAGCUGUUGACCAGCAGCCUAUCCGCAACCACAACCCUUGGAUGCUGCUUUACUUCAUCUCCUUCCUUCUCAUCGUCAGCUUCUUCGUGCUCAACAUGUUUGUUGGGGUAGUGGUGGAGAACUUCCACAAGUGCAGGCAGCAUCAAGAGGCAGAGGAGGCACGCCGGCGAGAAGAGAAGCGCCUACGGCGACUUGAGAAAAAGCGCAGGAAAGCCCAGCGCCGCCCUUACUUUGCUGACUACUCACCAGCGCGACUCUACAUUCACACGCUUUGCACCAGCCAGUACUUGGACCUCUUCAUCACCUUCAUCAUCGGCAUCAAUGUGGUCACCAUGUCCAUGGAGCAUUACAACCAGCCGCAGUCUCUGGAGGAAGCCUUGAAAUACUGCAACUAUGUCUUCACCAUGGUCUUUGUGAUUGAAGCUGUCCUCAAACUGGUGGCCUUUGGCCUCAGAAGAUUCUUUAAAGAUAGGUGGAACCAGCUGGACCUGGCGAUUGUACUACUAUCUAUAAUGGGGAUCACUUUGGAGGAAAUUGAAAUCAAUGCCUCAUUGCCAAUUAACCCCACCAUCAUUCGUAUCAUGAGAGUACUUCGGAUUGCACGAGUGCUGAAGUUGUUAAAGCUGGCCACUGGCAUGCGGGCACUCCUGGACACUGUGGUGCAGGCUCUUCCACAAGUGGGUAACCUGGGUCUGCUGUUCAUGCUGCUGUUCUUUAUUUAUGCAGCCCUUGGAGUGGAGCUCUUUGGAAAAUUAGUGUGUAAUGAAGAAAACCCUUGUGAAGGUCUCAGCAGACAUGCCACUUUCGAGAACUUUGGCAUGGCCUUCCUGACUCUGUUUCGAGUGUCUACUGGUGAUAACUGGAAUGGCAUCAUGAAGGACACACUGCGAGAAUGUAGUAGCGAGGACAGGCACUGCCUCAGUUAUCUGCCUCUCAUUUCUCCCAUCUACUUUGUGACCUUUGUGCUAAUUGCACAGUUUGUGCUUGUCAAUGUGGUUGUGGCUGUACUCAUGAAACAUCUAGAGGAGAGCAACAAGGAAGCCAAGGAAGAUGCUGAGAUGGACGCUGAAAUAGAGCUGGAAAUGUCUCGACGGCUAAGCUAUUCUGGACCAGGUUCAGGGGGCCGGACACUGGGGCUUGAAAGCAAGGCCUGUUAUGUUGGACCACGGCCAGAUUCACCAGGGCAGGAUGAGCCAAGGCCAUGCAGAUUACGGGAGAGCAGCCAAGAAAACCUUGUGUCACUACGAAAGGUCUCUAUGUCCCGAAUGCACUCCCUGCCCAGUGACAGCUACAUGUUCCGUCCUGUCAGGCCAGCUAACACCCCUGACCCUCUACCUGAGGCUGAGACUGAAGAUGGCAAUCUUGAGUCAGGUUCCACAAGUUCUCUGCUCGGUGUCCCAGAGAGACCAGUGCCCCUUGCUGAGACUGGUAGUCUGCCCAAACUGGUAUCUCGUCCUUCUGGAAUCAGUCCAUCACUGCAAAGACAGGAAGCUCUCAUUGACAACUCAUUUGACUCGAGAGACAGUGUUGCCACGGACUUUGCAGAGCCCACUCAUGGCAGCCUGGUCUUGCCUUCACUCACAUCCCAGAAGUCAGCUAGCGUUCAUACUCACAGGCAGGCACACAGUCAGAGAAACAUCUCCAGUAAGCCCAGCCGUGAAAGUAUCAUGUUUGAAUCGGUGGACCCAGCAGAUGAAGAGGUUAGGAACAUCAACAGCUCAGCUAAGGAUUGGCCUAGGUAUGCAGAGCCCAGAAGCUCCUCUCUGUCACCUUACAUCUCCUGCACCACGCCUCGCCGGCCUAUGAGAGAAAAGGAGCUGAAGAAGUUCUACAGUGUGGACGCUCAAGGUCUACUGGCCAAACCACUGUGGACAGAGGACACCCGCCGACACUCUAUUGAGAUCUGUCCUUCCCUGGAUGAUAUCCAUACUCUGUUUAAGCAAUCAGGGUGUGAGAAAAGGCGAUCAUCACUCCGUAGCCAACAACAGAGGAAGAAAAAGACUAGCCCGCCUUGUAUUUCUGUAGAGCCACCUGCAGAGGGAGACACAUCACUAUCCAAGCUCUCUGAGAACAGUAUGCUCCUUCGUCGUAGGACCCCAUCCUGUGAGAACACACCCUACAGAGAUUCCUUAGACAUGCCUGAGGCAUCACUCCUCUUGGUACCCCAGUUCUCAAUUGAGCAGUCGGAAGACAAACUCUCUGAACCAUUAGUCAGUAGUGAGCAGUCCUCCCCUUCCCCUUCAGUUCCCUUUUCAGUUGAGGUAAAGAAUGGGGGGGCAGAGAAAAAUGCUAUCCGGCGGCUGAGCAUGUGCAGGAGCCCUUUGCGCAAGCGUGAUCUGCUCCACGUGGUGGGCAACAGGGACAUGGACCCAGAGGAGCCUGCUGUAUAGCUGAGGCUAAGUCUCGUGCGGGCACUCAUGUAGCUUCUCCUCCUUCUCCCCAUAAAGCUGUUUGCUGCUUACUCCUUUCACAUUGCCAGCUUGUUUUCUUCUUCUUUUCUUUUUUUUUAAUUCUAUAUUCACAAGUAAUUCCCAGAUGACAAUUCACAGGCAAACUGCAGCCAGUGCAAUAAUGUUAAUAUUUUCACAGCCAUGUAUAAUGACUGCAAUAAUUUCUAAAAAAAAAAAAAGAAAAAUUAAAAAAAAUUUCUAAAGGAUGUAAAAAGUGACAAAAUGUUAUGAAUAAAAUGUAUUUUUACAUUGGAACAAGUAACACAAGUCAAAGUGUCCUCUGUAGGCCGCAGCAACAGCA